AUGUCCAUUCAUGGCGGCUCUAGGGAGCCAGAUGCCAGGCUGGCACUGGAGGGCCAGAGGUUCCGCCACACAGGAGCGCCGGGAUUUUCCAAGAAGAGUGGGCGGGCAGCAGUGGUGGUGGCGGUGCCAACCCUGAAGCACUGGCGCACUAUGCUAGAGCGGGCGGAGAAAUUCGUGUCGCCACUCUACCACGACUAUAACCUCUGUGACCCGCUCUUCAGGGACAGCUGCCCGAUGGCCGUGCUCCCCAGUUUCCUGACAACUGAGAGUCUUCCCUACCAGGAGGCAAUCCAGCAGGACUUCUGCCCUGCGCAGGUCGGUGACAGCUUUGGACCCACAUGGUGGACCUGGUUCCGGGUGGAGCUGACCAUCCUGGAGGCAUGGGUAGGUCAGGAAGUUCACCUUCGUUGGGAAAGCUAUGGGGAACCAGUUCAGGGUUUGACCAAAAAAAGGGAGAAGAGCAGUUACAUCCUGAUUGAGAGGCUGGGAGAAGGAGACCCUCGGAGCCUGACCCUCUAUGUGGAAGUCGCCUUGGGACUUAGGAAGGGCACCAUGAUUGCAGACCCAGAGAAGAUGUUCCAGGUGAGCCGGGCUGAGCUGGACAUUGCCCUGGAAGCACUGUCCUGGCUUUGGCCCUUCAAAGAGACUCUGCGGAAAUGUGCCCGGAGCUGGGUAACAGCCGUGCAGCUUAUGGAGCGGAACCCUGAGUUCAUCUUUGCCUGCUCCCAGGCGCAGCAGCUUGAGUAGGUAAAGAACCACUACCCUGGCCUGUAUGCCUGGCUCCAGGAGUUUGCCUGCCAUGGGCAGUUUGUGCCCUUGGGAGGCACCUGGGUGGAGAUGGAUGGGAACCUUCCCAAUGGAGAGGCAUUGGUGAGGCAGUUCCUGCAGGGCCAGAACUUCUUCCUGCAGGAGUUUGGGAAGAUGUGUUUGGAGUUCUGGCUGCCAAACACAUUUGGCUACUCAGCACAGCUUUCCCAGAUCAUGCGCAGAUGUGGCAUCAGACACUUCCUGGGCCAAAAACUGAGCUGGAACUUGGUGAACUCCUUUCCACACCAUACCUCUUUCUGGGAAGGGCUGGAUGGCUCCGGUGUGCUGACCCACUUCCCACCACAUGGAAUAGAGGGCAGUGUGGAGGAGGUGAGAGGGUACCUAGAGACCAAGGCAGUGGCCAAAAACCGGGACAAAGGAUGGACCAACCAUAGUGCCUUCCUCUUUGGCUUUGGGGAUGGAGGUAGUGGCCCUCAGCUCAUGGUAGACUGCUUGAAGCGGCCGUACAAUACAGAUGGCUGCCCAGGUCAAACCUGGCCCACUAAUAGCCCUCACUGAGCUGCUAGCUUAGCCCUUGCUUUGAGCCCUUCUUUCUGCUCGUGGGUCAGAGAGCUCUUCUUGGAGCUGCAUAAUGGCACCUACACUACCCACCCCGCCCAGAUCAAGAAAGGAAAUCGGGAGUGUGAGCGCAUCCUGCAUGACGUGGAGCUGCUCAGCAGUCUGGCCCUGGUCUGUAGUGCCCAAUUUCUACACCCAGCCCAGCUGCAGGACCUCUGGAGACUCCUGCUCCUGAACGAGUUCCAUGAUGUGGUGACUGGAAGCUGCAUUCAGCUGGUGGCAGAAGUAGCCAAGUGCCACUACAAAGACAUUCGUUUCCAUGGCAACACACUGCUCAGUGCUGCAGCUGCAGCCCUGUGAGCUGGGGAUCCAGGUGCCCAGGACCUCCUCAUUGUAAAUACCCUGCCUUGGAAGCCCACUGGAGUGUUGGCCCUGCCCAGGCCUGACAGGACCCACUCCCUAGCCCUGGUGACAGUGCCCAGCAUGGGUUAUACUCCUGCUCCUGCCCCUACCUCACUGCAGCUGCAGCCUGUGUUUGUUGUGCAAGAGACUGAUGGUUCUGUGACUCUGGACAACGGGAGGCUGGACCCGACUGGCCGCCUGACAUCCCUGGUGCUGGUAGUCUCUGGCAGGGAGGCUGUUGCCAAAGGCACUGUGGGAAACCAGUUUGUGCUGUUUGAUGAUGUUCCCUUGUACUGGGAUGCGUGGGACGUCAUGGACACCUCCCACGCAUCCCCCAGGAAGCCAGUGCUGAGCCAGGCAGGGACCCUAGCAGUGGGUGCUGAGGGCGUGCGGGGCAGCUCCUGGUUCCUACUGCAGAUCAGCCCCCACAGUCAGCUCAGCCAGGAGGUUGUACUGGACGGUUUGCCCUAUGUCCACUUCCACACCGAAAUAGUGCAUGAAACCCACAAAUUUCUGAAGAUGGAGUUCCCUGCCUGUGUGCAGAACCCCCAGGCCACCUAUGAGGUUUAGUUUGGGCAUCUGUAGCAUCCCACCCAAUAUACCACCUCUUGGGACUGGGCUUGAUUUGAGGUGUGGGCCCACAGCCGGAUGGACCUGUUGGAGCACAGCUUUGGGCGCCUACUCAAUGACUGCAAGUACAGAGCAUCAGUUCGGGGCAGCAUCCUCAGCCUCUCGCUCUUGUGGGCACCUAAGGCCCCUGGUGCCACUGUUGACGUGAGGCGCCGUGAGUUCACAUAUGCGCUGAUGCCGCACAAGGGCUCCUUCCAAGAUGCUGGCGUUACCCAAGCAGCCUACAGCCUCAAUUUCCUGCUGUUGAUGCUGCUGGAGUGCCUUCACUGUGUCUUCCUCCAGGUGGUGCUGGAGACCGUCCAGCAGGCAAGGGCCCCCAAGGGCCACACACUGGUGCUCAGGCUGUAUGAGGCCCAUGGCAGCCACGUGGACUGCUGGCUGCAAAUGUCGCUGCCAGUUCAGGAGGCCCUCCUCUGUGACCUCCUGGCUGGCCACCUGCCCCUUAGGGACACUGGCCUGAAACUCACCUUUUCUCCCUUCCAAGUACAGUCUCUAUGGCUCAAGCUGCAACCUCCACUGAACUGA